AUGUGGGAGUUGGGGGCCUCAACCCUGGCUGUCUCCGGAAGACUUCUGUCUCUCCAGCCCCGGAUUCGAAGAUUUACCGGGGAUGCAAGCGCGCCGCGGUGUCAACCCUUGAACCCAUCACACGCCAAGGGUGGAGGAAGGAAAGGGAGCAAAGUCUGCCAAAAGGAAGCGGCACAGAGCCUAAACAAGAACCCCAGCGCCAACGGCGAACGGAUAUGGGUUGACAGCGCUGAGCAUGUCCCAACUGGUGAAAACGGCUUCAGGGAUGCGGGACCCGAUGUCAUGCGACGCCGUUUAUGGGUCUUAGGCCGUGGUUCUAUUGCGUUGCGACAAGGGCUCAGUGAACGGCUGACGAAGAUCUACCCCCCGGCAUCGACUCGGCUGGGGCAGCGACUUUUGAGAGCCGUAUGUCGGGCCAAGUCUCAGAUCAGCCGGAGUGAGUGCCUCCAUUCCGCUUCUAUGGGAGGCGUCGGUCCUCCAUGGGCUCGACGCGGCCCCAACUGCUUGGACCCAACAGCAGAGCGAUUCGCCGUCGAUACAUCGCAUGCUUCUCCCGGGUACAUGACAAGUCCCAGACAUAGCCUGCGUAUGGUAUCGGCCUGUCGCCGAAACGUCGGCCCUCUUAGAGCAUGAGCAUUUCACUGCCUGCUGAUGCAUGUCGCCGAAGUGCCGUACAAACAUAUCGGCACGGCAGCCUUCAGCUUCGGCAUCUUACUGAUCUCCAUACCAAAUUCUCUAGCAAGAAAGUACUUCGCAGGGUGAGAGGGUGGUCGAUCGUGAUCUCACGAUAAUCUACCUGGCCGUCGUAUCCCCGUGGGUGUGCCUAAUACUACAUA